GUAGGCUGGGAGUUCCGGAAGUGACGUGUUCGACUCGUAGAAUUAUGUCACGUUCGACGUCAGUAAAGAUGGCUGCGCCCUGUGACAGGUCGUGAGUUGAAAAGCGGCUAGUUAGGAGACAGUAAGUUGUGUCUGUCACAUAUUAACCCAUGAAAACUAUUUAACAGGGUGUCGCGAUGAAAGGACUAAGUCGUAAAAUGUCGUUAAAUACUUGCCCGCCAGUGUAGACGGUUGUCAAGAAAUGGUGGUAUAGUUGGAGCUACAGGGAUUAGAAUGAUUGCACCUAUAUGGACGCGACUUCCCUGUCGUGUCUGGUCCAUACCAGCACAGCGGACAUUGAGCCUCUUCUCCAGCUCAGGGCCAUCAAACUGGACUAAAGUGGUGUCUGACGCCGAGAAGAUUGUGGGUUAUCCAACGUCUUUUAUGAGCCUGCGCUGUCUGCUCAGCGAUGAGCUCAGUAACGUAGCCAUGCAUGUCAGGAAGCUGGUCGGAACUCAACACCCUCUACUCAACACAGCAAGAGGUUUCGUCUAUGACAGCAGGAACAACCUUCAAAUGAGAGGACUGGUCGUCCUGCUUCUUUCAAAAGCUGCCGGACCGAGCCACACAGCUUCAGAUCUCUUAGCCCAGGACAUGGUCAGUGGCAUCUAUCCCAGCCAGCGGAAUUUGGCAGAAAUCACAGAGUUAAUCCACACGGCUUUCCUGGUACAUCGUGGGAUUGUCAAUUUGAAAGAAUUGACGGCUUGUGAUGGCCCAUUGAAGGACAUGGAGUUUGGGAAUAAAAUGGCUGUCCUGAGCGGCGACUUCCUGCUUGCAAAUGCUUGUACUGGACUGGCCCAGUUGAACAACACUAAGGUUGUCGAACUGAUCUCCAGUGCCAUUGGUGAUUUAGUUCAAGGAAUCUACUCUGAGAAUUCCAACAACAAUGAGGAGAAUAAUCUCACCGAUGGUGUGGACACAGCAGCAUGGGAGGAACAGACAUUCCUGUCUCACGGGGCGCUGUUGGCUAAGAGCUGCCAAGCCGCCAUGGAACUGGCGCAACACGACAAAAAGUCCCAAAGAUUGGCCUACAAGUAUGGAAAACACUUGUCCCUAGGUCACAAGCUAAACUCUGACCUGCAGCCAUUUGUGAAGAGCAACAUGGGAGAGCAGAUGGCCUUCAGCUUUAGCGCCGCCCCUGUGGUUUUUCACCGUCACAUUGUUGGCCAGGAGCGAUGGCAGCAGCAACUGCAUCAGGCAAAAACAAGAAACCAACUUGAUUACUCAAAACACUUUGUUCGACCCAUGUGCUUAAGGAGUACACUUGGAUCGGAUUGGAAAGGAUAUGAAAAGUUCUCCAUUCAUCCAUUUUCUUCUGCUUAUCCGAGUGCGGUUUGUGAGGGCAGCAGUCUCAGUAGGAAAGUCUAUACUUCCUGGUUCCUGAUCACCUCUUUGGAAGAAGUGGACACAGAGGCGUUCCCAGCUUGUGGCAACGGUGAAAUCGGAGAAAGGCGUGAGCUUGGCGGUCAACUUAUGCUGUUACCAUGGCAACAAGGCUGUGGAGGCCAUCCAGGCUUUCCCCUCCUCCGAGGCUCGAGCCGCCUUGGAAAACAUCGCCUCGGCUGUCACCAAAUUCUGACCUGGAUUCACUCAAAUGCACACACACACACACACAGACUCGUGACUGGUGCUACUCCAGUGCCAGCAAAUGAGAGCCACAGAGGAGAUGACAUGAAGAAAACAAAAUGUAAUUUUAAAAGGAAUUAAUUAAGCCAGGUGCUCUCAGUUGGACUGGAUAAACAUCAUGUGCUGCAACAGCAUAUUUUUUUUAAAUUCCUGGAAUAAAAAUGAAACAGUGUCAA